AUGCAGGUGGAGUUGAAGAAGGCCAAGGCGUCUCCGGGAGAUAGCCAUGGAAUCAACGAGUUGGCAUUGAGAGAAAGGGAGCUAUCAGAGCUCCGAUCGUCUGCGCAAACGGACGAUGACUUAUCUUUGGAAUGGAUCCAACGUACCAGCGACAUACAGAGACUCGCCGGGAAUACUACCACAGAUAUGAUGAGAUCAUCUGCUAGGUCACCUGUCACAUACAAGCUUCAGUCUAUUUCGAAGGCAGCAGUACUUGAUCCUCUGCAUGCUGAUGCCACGCGUGGUGCCCACUCGCACGCUCCUCUUGAACCUGUCAGCAACCCAUUGGCUCUGAUGGCUGAUGCUGCAGUGGCAGCUCAAGCAAUGACAACACACCCCGAACAGGCAGGUACUUCCCCGGGAUCCAAUGAUGGGGCUCAGUAUGAAGCAUAUGGAGUAUCUGAAGGCCAAAGCUUACUCCAUCGGCCUGGAUAUCUUUCUCUCGGUCUUCAACUAGAUCGGCAAACCCUGGAAAGAGGCCUAGAUGCGCUGCUCAAUUCAGGAAAUGAGGCAGAGCAUCAACAUUUGAAUUACUUUCGCCCUCCUGAUAUGAAUCUUCCUCGGGAUGUUGGCCCGGACUUAGAUCCCAUUGAUCUGGGCUUGAUCACCGUCGGAGAAUCAUCUGCCCUGUUUGCCAUUUACUUUUCCCACCUUCACGUCAUCAACGGAAUCCUUGACCCUCUGUUGCACACCCCGGAGUUUGUCCGUUCCCGAUCAUCACUCCUUUUCACGUGGAUCCUGGCCCUCACGGCGCAAUUCAAUCACCAGUCCGGACAUCUUGCCACAAGACUUCGGCUACAUGGUGACAAACUGUCUCGACAUGUCCACACAUGUGGAUUUAAAUCAGUGGAGAUCGUCCAAGGAUAUUACAUUUCGCUUCUCUCCGCAACCCCGGCAAAGAAUUUGUCCGAGGAACGCUCCUGGCUUUACACAAUGUACGCCUUUGGUGUCGCAGUCGAGCUAGGAUUGGACCAGCCAUCAAGAUUUUGUCAUUACCCAGUUUCCAAAACUUCCACUUCUACAAUAAGCAGGAUUGAUGAACGAGAGCUACCGUUUCAGCCCCCACGAAUGCCCCAAACCUCGGACCAGGAGGACUUACCCUCAUGUCACAGCAGGAAUGUCAGAGACGUGGGAGGCCAAGCAUACAUCCAAAGACUAGCGCGCAAUCAAGAGCGGACCUGGUUUCGGAUUUCACUUUGGGAGCGAGCAAACAGUGCCGCUUGCGGUAGGGUCAACGUCUUUCCUGAUACGGAAUUGAUGUCCAACGUUCAUAGUUGGUGGAUGCAUCCUCUUGCUGAUUCAACCGACAAGUACACAUGUGCAUUUGUACUUCUUCGUCGCGACAUUGCCGUUCUUCAAAACGAAACUCGGCGACAAGCAAAAUUCUCACAGUCAAAUCCCCAUUGGGCUCGGGAGCUGAUCAAUGCAACUUUUGAGCCUUGGCUGCAAAGAUGGUUACCCUCAAGAGCAACGCAAGAACAGCCUCAGUGCCUGCCAGACCUGUACCUGUAUUAUGUAUACAUUCAUGGUCGGUUGUGGAUUUUGUCAACUGCAUUGAACGCUUCAAUGAAUAUGGGUCAAAAUCUGGAAGCAAUUCGUGAGGAUUGCUUUGAAGCUGCUAUUCAUUGCAGUGAAAUUGCAGUCCACGACUUGCAGUCCAUCGGGGAGCCAAUGUAUUGCAUGCUGUCCCCGACAUGGGCAAUGAUAUCAUAUGCAGCAAUUCUCGCUCUCAAAAUCUUCCCUUUCCUGCAUGGGUCUCGUCCGGGACAACAGGUCGAACUUCUCGCAUUACUUGCACAAGUGGCUUUGCAACUCGAAUGUGCCGGCUCGACUCCUUCCCAUCGACUUGGAAUUGCCACACUACUUGGUGAACACCUAAUGAUGAUCCUUCGCACGAAAGUAGCUGGUUUGGGAGGCAUGGCAUUGACUCCCGAGGUACGAUCAAUGUCAUCAUCUUCAACUACCCAAGAAAACGGUGGCCACAGAGCAAGGCAAGCAAUGCUUACAGAAAAUCACACAACGGAGUUUUCAGAACGUUCCCGUUCUAUGCAUCCAAUGGUAUCGACAUACGAUCCUUUCCUCACAACUGCAACGCUGGGAACAGAGACAGAUAUUGGAGAUGAAGGGUUCGAAGGACUGCUGCGAGAGAUAUUUGGUCCGGGAUUUGGUGACGUAUAUUAG